GCUAUGCAGUGACGUACGUGGGUCCUUUGUAUUUUUCGCCUCAUCUUAAUUCUUACGCAUGACGACUGAACUCUUCGCUGUCCCUUUCCUUGGCAUGUUUGGUGAUCGUGCCGAGACAGUUGUGGUCUGGUUCAGAUGUGAUAGGUGCAUUCGUAGCCUUCCGUCAACACUUAAAAGAUAAAAGGAAUCUGGCCAAAUUCAAUUCAGUGCAAUUUGGGACAACAUCUUUUCUUGAAGAUGGCAAAUGCUGAGCUGUACAGGUGGCUUUCAGCCACUGUUCUUGUCCUUGUCUUGUUCUCGGUUGGACAAUGUGCAAACUCCAACAAUAAUGGCAACCUAACUUUAGACGAUGUACCCAGCGAUCACGUUUACCUGUCAAGUGGUGAAUAUGACGAAGGGGGUUUUCCUUUACCAACAACUUGGGGGCUCAUUAAUAGCUUCUUGCGCACAAUCUCACCGGCUCCUCCACCUUACGAUCUUAUCAAUGGCUUGCUGAGUGGAACAACUUCACUCACUGUUGACUUACUUACCGGCAGCAUUUCUCAGCUGACGGGUAACCUAAUGGGCUUUGCCAUCUGCUUCAUCAUCGGCGCCCUGUUUGUAGUCAUCUUUCCUAUUGUUGCUUUGUGUUUUUGCUGCUGCCGUUGUUGCUGUAACAACUGCGGUGGUAAAAUGUAUCAGAAGCAAGGGAAGUAUGACCGGACCAAGCGGGUUAUUUUCGGCUUCUGUCUGGUACUGUGUCUUGGAUUUAUCAUAGGGGGAGUGGCUACAGCAUUCUGUGUCAACACCUUUACCACCCAGAAGGUUGAGAGUCUACCCCAAGAUGUGGUUAAUAACAUUGAUGACAUGGUGUCCUUUGUUACUAACACCCUGCAGGAGAUUAACUUCACAGUUGUGGACCAGCUCAAUUACACUCUGAGUCAAGUGGGACAGGAUCUGGUUGAUAUUGAUCAGCUUGUUGGUGUGCCAGUCAAGGAGAGCUUAUCGACCAUUGUGCAGCCAGCAAUCGAUGCUAUCUACCCACUUGACACCUCCAUAAGCAACACCUACAAUGGCCUUGUCAACAUCAACACCACUCAGGCCAAUGUGGAGGUCAUGUGGGAAGACGUCAAGAGUCGUGUAGAUCAAGUCGCAAGUGACAUCGGUGCUGCUUGUUCUUCUUGCGGUUGCUGUGGAUCUGCUCCUGAUUAUUCUGGUCUUAGCAUGAAUGCAGACUGGCGAGAUAUCAAUAUUGGCAUGAUGCAUGGUACCUUCCCUCAAAUAGCCGUAGACAAUUCAAUCGAUGCUAUGGAGGAUGUUAACAAUGCUGAUCUCAGCUCAUCUGCAGAUGAGGGUGCAGCCAACUUUGACAACCUGCCACAGACUCUGAAGAACACAACCCAGUCUCAAAUUGAUGACAUCUUGAAUACCCUUAAUGGUUUAGAAACCAGUAUUGCAGGUCUCCUUACAUCCACUACCAGUGAAUUGUCAGGGAUUAUUGGCCAGAUUGAUGGCUAUAAAGACACUAUCAAUGACAUCACACCCCUUAUUCAGCAGUAUGAUCCCUACAGGAGCUAUGCCUUGAUCGGUUUCUACAGCAUCCUGCUGGUCAUUGCCGUAUUGUUCUUGUUUGGUCUCAUCCUGGGCGUGGCAGGAUACAACACGGAAGUGACGCCAUCCCAGCGAGGAAGCUGCUCCCACUGUGGUGGCAUCUUCAUGAUGGCGGCUGUUGGCAUUGCAUUCAUUUUCCUGACAUUCUUCAUGCUGUUUACAAUGCUGUUGUUCAUUGUGGGUGGACCCUUUGAUCGUCUCUUCUGUGAUCCUCUGGUAUCCGGGGAGCUGUUUACACAGACUAUUGACAAGGAGAAUGCCCUCGGCCCAGGAUACUUUCUGGGCCAGACGCUCUUUGGAGAUGGGAACAUAUCACUCACUCUCACUGGCAUUUUAGAUGACUGUGAGAACAAUACGGCAGUUUACGAAGCCUUCAAGUUGGAAAAUUUCCUGAAUAUAAGUGAUCUCCUCAACUUCCAACAGUUUAUUCCAGACAUUGGUAGCCAGUUUACCAAUGUGACCGGUGAUCUGACUGCUGUAGACAUCCUCACUCCUAGUACCAGGCAGAUCUUGAUUGACUUCCGUGAUUCGCCAGCGGACAACAUCAACUGGACACUCUUCAAAGAGGAGCUUGCGAGCGAUCUGACUAAUGACGUGAAUAAUGGCAACGAUCUCUCUGUGCUUGCCAGCCUCCUCAAUACAUUCGCUGCAGGUCUCUCAAGUCCUGAUGAUUCCACCUUCCAGGAUUUGGCAACAAACCUGACUAUCAUACAGACAAACUACAUAGCACCACUCCUGGCCCAAAGGGACACCCUUUCAAUGUACAUCACAGAUCUGGAGAGUGAGACUGGUAACAUAGAUACUCUUGUCAAUGAUACCAUUGAUGCUGCCGAUGCUGCUCAGGGCCACCUAGACACUACUAGUCCGAAUCUCAUCGCACAGGAAGUCGAGAGUUAUGCGAAACGUAUCUUGGGCUACCCAGAGCAGUUUGUCAGCUACGCCCUGGAUCAGCUUCAGACGCAGAUUGGAAAGUGCCGUCCUGUCUACAAUCUCUGGACCUCACUGAUUGCCAGUUUCUGUCGAGGUUUCCUGGAGUCGUUGAAUGCUUUGUGGCUGAUCAUGGGUUGGUGCAUCUUCUUCCUGGUUCCUAGUACUAUCUUUGGAGUCAAACUGGCCAAGCAUUAUCGGCGUAUGGACUACGAUGAUUAUGAUGGCAAUCAGGAUAUGGAAAUGGCCGAAAAGUAUGGUGGUGGUGGUAGCAGUCACUUUUCAAGCAACAAAGUUGCUCCGAGUUAUUCUUAAUGAUGCCCAGACUGCCGUGGAAAGCUCUAAAAGCAGUUGGAUUUGAGAAAACCGCAAGAUGUUGGACGCAGUCCAUCUGCACAGAUACUUGAGAUGCUGAAGUUUUCAGAUUAACUUAACGACAGAUCCAAAAAAAUUAAAGGGUUCCAAAUACAAUUUCAGAAAGUUUGGACUUUUUUUUCAAGCAACCUUUUAUGGCUUACUGGAGGGGUGAGGUUGCAUUUUGUAGCUUUUCAAGCGGCCUUUGAUGGAAGGAAAAGGGAAAAAAAAUAGGGAGAAAUCACCAUUCUCUCAUUACUUUAAACAAAACUGGGGGUUCCCUUUUUGGGGAGGGGCAUGGCCUCUAUUCCCCCCACACACACACAAGACUCUCCCUUGGAUUAAAGAAAUAUCUCUCUUGAGGCUGUGAAAUUUAUUAUAUAUUGUAUAAUAUGUAAUAUUCAAACUUGAAUUAUUUCAGACAAGAUUGUUUUCAGUGACAUGAGACAUUUCUCAUGAACCACUUUGGUCCACCAUAUUUGAUUUCAGGCAAUGUCCAAAACCAAGUAGAUGUAUCAAUUCAAUGGGUGAUAGCCAGAUCUGAAGCUGGUACCUGGCAACACCCCUGUUAUGGCUGAAUAUCAAAGAUGGCAGACCACUAAGCAUUAUGGGAUAUGUGACGUGUUGAAGAAAUCUAUUAUUUCCAUUCUUUGAAAUACUUCACCCUAAGCAUAAGUUUGAUAAAUUUAUGAUUUCUGCUGUUACGGUUGUGAAGUUGAUACCCAUUUAUUUCUUCCAAGUAUUUUUGUUUUCUUUAAGUCUGUACUUUUUUAUUUUAAUUUGUAUUAAAGUUAUACAGACUUGGUUGCUGUGUAUACAUCAGGCAAUAUUGUGCUAGAUUAGCAAGAGGCUUCUCAAUACUGUUUUAUUUUUAAGAGGUUUUUACUCUUUGCUAUUUGUCUUUCACUGAAAUUUUUUAAUAAGUUCUUGCAAGAGAAAUGUUUUAAACUGUGGCCUAUAUUAUAGAAUUGUAUAUAGUCAAGAUUGGUCUGUGUGUGUGAAGACUAAAUAUAGAUGUUAGAAACGUAACUGUUGGUUUGUGCUAAGUGGCACGAUAUUGUAGCUAGUAUUUUGUUUUUAGUUGGGGAAGUUUUUAGUUGCUAAGUUCCUUCACGCACAUUGAUAAUAAUGCUUAUACUUUAUACGUUGGUUAAUGUUCUUUUCUGUAGACUAGAAAAUGUAUUUCUGGAAAUAUUCUUGCCACAUGCUCAGUUUUGAGACGUAUGUUUCACCUAGCAGUACAAGAAAUUAUUCUUGGGAACAAGGAAACUUUUUAAAUUAGGUAAUUUGUUUUGGUGUGCACCGCUGUAUAUUAUUGUCCAAUGACAGACUAUGAUUGACGGGUUUUUUCGUGCAAGGUUGAAUGUAUAUAUCUGUGUGUCAAAUAGUGUUGCUUUGAAAGUAUCAGUGUUCUGUGAAUAAUUGCAUCAAAAAUAUAAUACAGUAGUAGCCAUACCAUGCUGCAAAACCGCAAAUUCAGAAUGUUUACCUCAAAUGAAUUCUACCCAUCUUUAACAACUUCAUCCUUACAUUCUUCAAAAGUUAAAUAUUUUUGGUUUGAAAACUCUAGCUUUUAAGCCAAGUUAGCAACAAGUUUACCACUAGCUGGUACAUUUUGGUCUUUUGUGGUUUUCAAGCAAUACUGUUUAAGUGAAGGAGGUAUACUGAUCUUUUUGAGAAGUUUAUAUGAAAAGUUUUAAGUGGAAUAAAGAAGCUGUCUUGUAAGGCUUAACUUCAAAACGCUUCGGCGUUUAUGUGUAA